UUCUCAGGAAAUACGCAAUUACUAGUAAGUACAGUAUUUACUCCAAGUUGUAAACCACACACUUUGAUCUUUCCCUUGUCAACUCCGCAAUGCUCAUUUACACUUGUGCUUCUUCUCUUCUAAGAUCCCACAAAUAGAAUCAUACAAAUCAAUUACAAAAAUGGGAAGUAGCAUUGGAAGCGAUGUUGAAGCAGGUUUCGCAAAACUACAAGGCGAAGAUUUCGAAUAUUACAUGCAAACAUACUCCAUAAUCCUAGGUCGUAACUCUAAAAAGUCAACUGUCGACGUUGACUUAUCAUCUCUAGGCGGUGGUAUGAACAUAUCCCGUCACCACGCACGUAUCUUUUACGACUUCCAACGACGUCGUUUUGCUUUAGAAGUAUUAGGUAAAAACGGUUGUUUUGUUGAAGGUGUGCUUCAUUUACCUGGUAACCCACCGGUUAAACUUGAUUCACAAGAUUUACUGCAGAUCGGUGAUAAGGAGUUUUAUUUUUUACUGCCUGUGAGGAGUAUUUUAGGCGGGCCUAUUGGGCCUAGAAAUCAUGGUGGGCCGCCUAUGGUGGGGUAUAGUGGGGUAGGGAAAAAGGGUUUGUUUAGAGGAAGGGAAGAGUAUGAUGAGGGUGAUGAUGGAAGUAAGAGGAUGAGGAGAGGGGGGGAUGGUGGGGUUGACGGGGGUGGUGGGUAUGGAUAUGUUUCCGGUGGUGGUUCGAGUGGGAAGGUUGCGAUUUCGGGGCAUCUAGAUAAGAAGAUAGAUGGAAGAUCACGUAUCGAAAGAGAUGCUGACAACCAACAGCUGAUUCAGUUAGAAGAAAAGGACGUUGUAUCAUCUAUAGCAAAUGUGCUUUCUGACCUCUGUGGUCCUGGAGAAUGGAUGCCAAUGGAGAAGCUUCAUGCUGAGUUGGUGGAACAUUACGGCAAUACCUGGCACCAUAGUCGUGUGAGGAGAUACUUGACUUCUGAGGACUAUCCUAGCCCUGAAGCUAAAUCAAAGCCAUGGUAUGGAUUGCUGAUGCUUUUAAGAAAAUACCCGGAGCAUUUUGUCAUCAAUACGCGGUCCAAGGGACGGGUGACUUUGGAGUUUGUUUCUCUUGUCUCACUGCUUUCGUGAGAGCUUUAUAACAAUUUUAGCCACUUAGUUGUAAAUUAAGAUUUAAGUAGGGUGUGAAACAUCACCCGGAAAUUUCGACACCGGAGCUCAAAUUUGUUAAUGACAUGCACCUGAACAGCUGAACUUAUUGCAGUUUUA